AUGGCUCACAAAACCCUUCAUUCCAACCAAAAGCUCUUCACUCUCUCCCUAAUUCUUCUCUCUUUAUCACUAUCAAUCUUUUUUAUAUUUUUCGGAUCAAAAAACAACAUUGUCAACAGAUUUAAGGUCGAAACAGAUCAACCUAAUCAAUUGUUUACAAAUCCGAGAUGGUUUGAUCUUAUUCAAGAAGAGAGUAACGGUGAUAAGAAGAUCAAGGUUGGUUUAGUUAAUUUCAAUGAUGAAGAAGCGAGUCAAUAUGAAGUGCAUGGAUAUGGUUCACUUGUUGAUACCGUUCGUGUACAUUUUAAUUGUGUUUCUAAGGUAAGAGAAUGGAAGGAUUUUUUUCCUGUUUGGAUUAAUGAAGACUCGAACUUGCACCCGCCGACAUGUCCGGAGAUCCCCGUGCCACGGCUGGAGGAGUAUUGGGACCUUAAUGUCGUGGUGGCUAAGGUACCAUGUGAUGGGUGGACAACUGAGGCAGGGAUGAGGGAUGUGUUUAGGUUACAAGUGAAUUUGGUGGUGGCUAAUCUUUUGGUAAGGAGUGGUUGGGCCAAAGGGCCGGACGUUAAAUGGGAGGUGUACGCGGUGUUCAUCGGCCAUUGUGGGCCGAUGCCGGAGAUAUUCAGAUGUGAUGAUCUGUUGAGGAAGGAAGGGGAUCAUUGGGUGUAUAAGCCUGAGCUGAAGAGGCUGAAACAAAAGGUGCUCAUGCCUCCAGGGACAUGCCAAAUUGCUUAUCCAUUUGGAAAAACAGGUUUGCAAAGUAAGCUGAAAAACAGGCAAUUUAAUCACAGGGAAGCAUAUGUAACAGUUCUUCACUCCUCCGAAGCUUAUGUAUGUGGCGCCAUAGCUUUGGCACAAAGCAUUAUUCGAACCAAUUCAACGAAAGAUUUACUGCUUCUCCACGAUGAACACGUAUCCCCAAGAUCCUUAACAGGCCUAAGAACUGCCGGCUGGAAAACAAGACAAAUCGAACGAAUUCGAAGCCCCUUUGCUGAGAAAGGUUCAUACAACGAAUGGAAUUACAGCAAGCUCCGAAUCUGGAUGUUAACAUGGUAUCGCAAAGUCGUUUUCAUUGAUUCAGAUUUUCUGGUUUUCAAAAACAUGGAUUGGGUCUUUCAUUAUCCCCAGAUUUCAGCUGCUGGAAAUGAUAGAACUCUGUUCAAUUCAGGGAUCAUGGUGAUCGAGCCUUCACUGUGUACCUUCGAAGAUUUAAUGUUGAAAAGCUUCAAGGUGGGAUCAUACAACGGAGGAGACCAAGGGUUUUUGAAUGAAAUGUUCACUUGGUGGCAUAGGUUGCCUAAAGAAGUUAAUUUCCUCAAGUAUUUUGAUGGGAACCACAGUUUAAAUCGUGAAAAGAUACCUGAUGAUCUUUCUGCGAUUCAUUAUUUGGGUUUGAAGCCAUGGAUGUGUUACAGAGACUAUGAUUGUAAUUGGGAUAUAAAGGAAAGACAGGUUUUCGCUAGUGAUAAAGCUCAUGAGAAAUGGUGGCAAGUAUAUGAUGAAAUGCCUGAGAGACUGAAGCAAUAUUGUGGGUUGAGUCCACAUAUGAAUUGGAGGAUAAAGAAAUGGAGAAGGGUUGCUAAGAAACUUAGCUUACCCGAUGAACAUUGGAAGAUUGGUGUAACUGAUCCUCGACAGUACAAUCUUGUUCAAUAAAGAAAAGGGUGCCCAAUUCUUGAAGGGAAAAAUCAGAAA